AUACACUAUACUCCUUUGAGGAAAUAGUAGAUUAUACCAAGACAUGAUCAUAUCGUCUAUAAAAAAUGCAUAUCGUAUAUUUCCUCCAAAGUGCUUCAGAAUCACCACCUCUAUAUAUCCAUCAUCGCGUUUUGUAUGCUGUGUUUUGAGUUUUGUUCCCUCUAGAGUGCUUCAACUUUGGGAAUCGGUAUCAAAGGGUUUUGUUUACUCUCCUUCGUUUUCUUUCAUGGUGCGCCUCACGCAGAAAUUAGAGAGUGCAGAUUUGUCUCUCUUCAGAAAUAAUACGGCAUCAGAUGAAACUCUGCGUCGUCGCCAAGUCGUUCACAAUGCUGCUCUGCUUCGCCAAGUUCAGGAUGCUGCUCUGCGUAGCCAAGUUCCACUAUCUCGCCCUGACCAAAAUGUGUCCCGUCGGGCUCAUUUUGGCAUUCCGGGUCCCACCCAUGGUUCUCUCCCUCUCCCUCGAGAGGUAAAUGAACCAAAGGGCAAUCUCUCGAAGUUGGUGGGUUGUUUCUCUGCCGAGAAAGUGGGAUGCGCAUUUACUGAACUAUAUUACCGAGUUCUAUAUCAACGCCCUGAAGAUUUACACGAGUUUUAUAUGGAUUCAAGUGUUGCUGGCUGGGAAGGAAAAGAUGGUGUUGUGCAUUCAGUAACAACAAUGAAAGGAAUAAACGAUAUGAUCAUGUCUUCAGAUUACAAGGAUUCCAGCAUGGAGCUGAAGAGUGUUUAUGCCCAAAAUUCUUUAGAAGGACAUAUUAUUCUGGUGGUUACCGGAAACUUGACCGGAAAAGAUGGCUUGACAAGAACAUUUAGCCAUACUUUUCUUCUUGAAAGACACAAGAGGCGGUUUCCUUAUAUGAAUCCAUCGUCCAGUGAAUCAGAAAAAAAUGGCAUUUUCAUCUUGAAUGAUAUUCUGCGGUUUCCUAAUACUCAUCCAUCGACCCAUGAAUCUCAAAAUCGGUCUGUCCUUGAAGCAUCAGAAGCUCCUUCGUCCACCAAUUCCGAUGUUGAGGCUCCUAAGAAAACAUGCACAAAGGCAGAAGCAAAUGUUGCCACUAUUGAGUCUAUACUCAAUCCAUCAAGUGAGAAGAUAGAAAUUAAAUCACUUCCAAAACCUUCCGUUGUUAAUUCUAAGGAAACUAUCCCCAAGACCACCUAUCCUGAAAAGCUGUCAAAAGAGAGCAAGUGUCCUGAUGCUCCUCCCGUCCAAAUUGUAAGAGUUUCUGCAGGUGAUGGAACAGACCCACAAGCCCCUACCGGAAAUGAUGAUUUAGUCAAGGAAAUGAGUUUGCAUUCCAACAGUGUGGGGUCCAAUACUUCUCCAGUUCAAAUCACAACAUUUCCUUCCCUUCCUAAGAGUAUAGUAGUCAAUGAAGAUCUGACCCUGUCACUAGUGCCUCGCAUCAAGUUGAAUUUCACGUUUGGCUGCAUUCAGGGUUUCAAGGGUGAGGGUGUGGAUGAGCUUUAUGUCAAACUUCUUAUCUCAAAUGCUUUCCACUGUCGCGAACUGUGUCCCACACCCCUCAAAGUUCCAUACAAGGACAUCCAUUGCCGCCUACUAUUUCCAUUCAAAAGGACAGUUAAUGAUAAGAUGUGGGUUUUAGCAGAUGGUUGCUUGUUUUUUAGGGAUAGCAGACUGGUAUUCGAGGAAUUCCGUAUGGGACUGAGAGAGCACUUACUCAAGUAUCUGAGCACAUACUCAACAUCAGGCUUUGAUGCAGAUGUCUAUCAAGUUAAGCUGUCCCUACCACCUGAAGAAGAUCCUGAUCAAAUGAUGGCUUCUAUUUUAAACAGUUCCCGAGUAGCUGAUAAUCCAGAGCCAUGCACUCUCAACAUUAAGGCUUUGCCACAAUGGUUUGCUGAACAACCCGCCUCACUACGCAUCUUUCUAGAGACUAUGGGUGUUGUGAGGGGUUUUAAUGCUGACGGCAAUGGAAUCACGGUUGAAUACGAAGAUUGUUACAAAGCAUUAAAAUCGUUGUGCGGGUGUUCAUUGGAACUGAGGAGGGCUGUAGAAGGCCCGUCUGUUGUUGACUAUGUUCUCACAUGGAAGACAAAGAGGGUCUUGGAGGGAGGCAACCCCACCUUCGUUUCUCCACCCUUGAAGAAACCAUGUCUCAUGGUAGAAAAAUUGGAUACUAGUAGAGCGCUAUAAUCCCUAUAAUUGAGGAGAACCCUCAAAAGUGGUGGGCAUCCAUCAACUGCUUUCCAAAAAACAAAUUGAACUUUGCUUUUCACUUAAGAGAAAACAAUUUUCUUCACCCUCCAAGCUCACUAUCUAAAUGCUCACAUGCCCUUGUAGGUUUUAAAUAAGUAGGAAUAAAUAUGUAACAAUUUUGAUAGUGACUGAAACUCUUUAUUAAUACUCAUCUUAUCAUAUCAGUAUUGCACACUACUGACACUAGUAUUCAAUUAAAUGUCACAUUUUCUGC